AUGAGCACGGCCAGUAAUGCUCCAGGUGCUCUAUCGCCAAAUGUGAAUGGCGAUUCAAGACGGUUCUCUAGUUUAAGUGAUUCAAGCUUAAAUGAUUUUUUACCAACAUCAUUGCAUCUUGAAAAUAUUGCGAGUACAGUAACUAGCACAAUGUCAACUACUGUGUCAACUACUGCAUCAAUGCUUUUCUCUCCUUUAACGACUCGUGCUGUAAAAGGAGACACUGCCUAUAUUUUAUCCGAACUUGCACCUCAAUUAAUGGAUCAGCGUCGCAUACAACAGUUUAUAAGUAAUGGAAGCUCUCGUCAUACAAAAGAAAACACGAAAAAAAUUGUUUCUGCUGAAGACAUUUCAACAAGCACAACUUCUCAAAGGCCUGACGAUAUUUUACUAGACUCGGAAAUACCGGAAUCUAAAGCUCCAUUAUCAUUAUUUCAGGGUUACAAGGCAACUUUUCAAGAAGUUGAAACACAGAAGAAGUCUAAAAGAAAAUCAAAGACUCAUAAACGAAAAGUAAGAGGACUUUUAACUGACACUUUUGAUGCAAUGUCAGACACAGCGUCGGUAGAUAGUGAUCAUAAACCUCUUAAUCAACUUAUUGCGGAUCGUGAUAGAGUCGUAAGAGAAAAUAACAAAAUACAAAUGCAAGAGUCGCGAACAAAAGCAGAUAUUAAAAAAACUGAAAGUGAAAUCGCAGAAUUGACUACUAAAAAGUUAAAUUUAGAAAACAAUUUGGCUAAAUACAACAAACGUCAGGUCGAAUUAUCUAGCCAAUUGGAAGAUCUUAACGACAAGAUCGCCAAUUUUAAUACUGAAAAUAGUUAUAAUGAAAGACGAACACGUACAAAAGGGAAAGGCGUUGAAAGACGUAGCCAUGAGCCUGGAACAUGUAUUAAGGUUUUAGAAGGUCACGAUGAUAUGAUCACAUGUCUUGACUUUGAUAAACCCUAUGGAACACUUGUCACAUCUUCUUUAGAUAAUACAUUGAGAGCCUGGGAUUUGAAUAAUUAUCGUUGCUUUGGAGCUUUAGAUGGACACAAAGAUUUAGUUAAAUGUUUGCAAAUAGAUGGAUCCCAUUUAGUGACUGGCUCACGCGAUAAAACAAUUCGCCAAUGGGAUUUAUCCAAGUUGGUUUCUCAUCCAGAAUCAGUCACAAAUUUAUCAGAAUUAAGUUUCGCUUCAGCUUUAAUACCUGAGACAAAUGGAUUGACAAAUGUUGGUGAUAAUUGUUGGAUUACCUCGUUAGAAGGACACAAUGGAUCAAUUACUUGUCUGCAUUUUGAAAAUAAUAGUCUUGUAUCCGGAUCUUCAGAUAAAACUAUGAAACAUUGGGAUAUGGAAACAGGACAAUGUGUUUUAACUAUGGACAUUUUGUGGGCCAUGUCUUGCUCUAAUGCUGAGCGUAGGCAAGCUGGACUUUUAUUUGAUAAUUUUAUAUUUGGUGGCGGCGAUUUUAUUGGAGCUUUGCAGUUUCGUCAUGUUGGUUUAGCAAGUGGAACCGAAGAUGGUGCAAUACGAAUGUGGGAUUUAAGGACAGGUCAAGCACACAGAACACUAUUGGGGCACACAGGUCCUAUAACAAGUCUUCAGUUUGAUGAUCAUCAUGUUGUAAGCGGAAGCAUUGACAAAAGCAUAAGGAUAUGGGAUCUAAGGACGGGGUCCGUUAUUGACACCUUUUCUUAUGAUAAUAGUAUCACAAGUUUACAAUUCGAUUCCAGCAAGAUAAUCAGUUGUGCCGGACAUUCACAGAAUUCACAAUGUAUUAAAUUUAAAGACUCAAUUUUAUUGUCUGGAGGACAAGAUAAAGUGAUCAAAUUAUGGGCUUUAUAA